UGGAUCCGAUGUCCGAUGUGUAUCUGCAACGCCCCAGCGACCUUCCAGCGAGCCAUGAACGUGGUUUUUCAGAAUUUCGUGUGGAAGACUCGUUUGGCGCAGAGCAUCAUCAACUACUGCGUAAUUGUGUACGUGGAUGACAUCUUGGUGUACUCGAGUUCCUAUGAGGGACACGUGCAGCACAUCGAAUGGGCACUGCACGCGUUACGAGAUGCGGGUUUCAAAGUGACGCUCGAGAAGUGUCAGUUUUUUCUUACCACCAUUUCCUUCUUGGGACACGUGGUGACAGACAAGGGACUCCAACCGGAGCCGCAGAAUGUGGCAGCUGUCAGGGAUGCGCCGGUGCCUACAACCAUCACGCAAGUUCGCGCCUUUCUGGGCCUAGCCUCGUACUACCGAAGAUUUAUCAAGGGCUUCACGGCGAUUGCGGGACCCCUUACGAAUCUGCUGCGCAAAGAUCAGUCGUUGAUCUGGACGCCGGAAUGCGAUCAAGCGUUUUCCAAACUCAAGGCCGCUCUCAUUUCGGCUCCGGUCCUUAUAAGACCGGAUCUCGAAAAACCUUUUAUUCUCAUCACUGACUGGCAGCCAGAGGCAAUUUCAGCGAUCCUUGCCCAGGUGGGAUCAAGCGGACUCGAGACCGGGGCGCAGAGUGAUGACAGUCCUGCUCCGCACGUUCUCAAGCGGUCAUUGGAUCCAUAUCUUCAGUGGACUGCGUGCUUGGAGGAGCCCAGGGACGAAGAUACGCUGUCGUCGCGACAGGAGUAUCUGAAGCCGUACGAUAUCGUCCCUCACACCUUCUAUCCGAGGGCAGAGGAAGUGGUGAUCGACGACGACGACGAAGAGGACGAAGACGAGGAAACAUCGGAGGAGGGAAGCUAUAGCGAGUAUAGCGAGGGCGAGCUGAGUGAAGAAGAAGAAGAAGAGGAGGGAGAAGCAGGAACUGAGUCUGAGUGGGAAGCUUUGCCAGAGGAAGCGGCGCGCACGGGAACGGAGGCGGAAGAUCCGAAAGCAGCGCGAAAGCGCGAAGAAAUUGCCACAGGGAAACGUCAGCUGGAGUUCGCUAGCGGAGCCAGCCUGAGCAUCGAUAACGAUCGGACCAGAGAUCUGGAGCCGCCAAAGCCCGAAGAUGGCGACCCUGCAGCCGCCACCUCAAGUGCCGCGUGACGGAGAUAGAGCCGAUCCCCCUCCUCCUCCAGCCCCACCCGUCCCCCAAUUCGCCCACGUACCGAUGCGGGCGAUA